AUCUGGGCCACACGCCUUCUCUACGUCCUUGGCCUAGGCUUCAUCAAGCUGUCCCUUCUUUGGUUUUAUCUACGACUUGAAGCACGGCGGUACAUGCAGUGGCUUGUUUACACCGUCAUCUUUAUUGUCCUAGGGGUGUCAAUCUCGAGCUUCUUCGUUGACACGCUGUCUUGUGUGCCGACCUCCAAAUUCUGGGAUCCCACCAAAUCCGGUCACUGUAUGUCGUCUACGUCCCAGCAGAAGUUUUACGAGGUCAACGGCGUCCUUGUCAUUGCCAUGGAUAUUCUGAUAUGGUCCGUCCCAAUUCCGAUGCUAUGGCGUGUUCGUAUCUCUCUACUUGCCGUUCUCGGAGUCUUCAGUGUCGGCCUCUUAUCCAUAGCCGCAGCCUGUGUGCGGUACAACACUGUCCUACAGCUAGCAAACAAUCCAGACGAGAGCUACGUUCUCGCUGCCUCGCUCAACUGGUGCGGCAUCGAGGCCUACGUUGCUGUGUUUUGUGGCUCCACGCCAUCCCUCUAUGUCUUCGCAAAGCGCUAUCUCCCUCAAUUCCUGGACUCCUCCUAUGCACAGAAAUCUCAAAGUGCCUACCCCGGACAGAGCAACUCGAAGAGAUUUAGUGUGCCAUUCCGUGCAGCGUCUCGCCCUCGCCUGAGUGAAAGUCGGCUAGGUGAAAGCCAGGAUGCACUAAACGACAACGAAGGCAUCAUGCUCAAGACCGAUAUCCAUUGGGAGGUCACAGAUGCGGAUGCAGAAGCGAAUGUGGAUACAGAAGCGAAUGUGGAUGCAGAUGGCAGGAUCAAUCCUCGUCAUGCAUAA